AUUUCCAAGGACCAUGGACUGGGAAAUAACACUGUGGACACAUACAAGCAAGAGAAACAUUUUCAUAUCUAUUAGCAAUUGGUGUUGCAGAACAUCCCAACACAUAGGUCCCAAACAUGUGCAUCCAUAUUAUUUUUACUGAUGCUAUGGAAUAUCUUCAGAUAACAUAUCAAUGUUUUGUCUCUGCUAUGUAUGCAAUCAGAGUGAGUUUCCCAUUCCUUUCUUCUGAAAUUGAGAAUAUAUGGGUUGCCUUUGCUGAAAGAAAGGAGCCCGCAAUGGUGCAGCAGGUUAAACUGCUAAGCUGCAGAACUUGCUGAUAGGUCAGUGGUUUGAAUCUGGGGAACAGGAUGGGCUCCUGCUGUUAGCCCCAGCUUCUGCCAACCUGGCAGUUCAAAAACAUGCAAAUGUGAGUAGAUCAAUAGGUACCACUCCAGUGGGAAGGUAAUGGCAGUCCAUGCAGUCAUGCUGGCCACAUGACCUUGAAGGUGUCUACGGACAAUGCUGGCUCUUUUCGGCUUAGAAAUGGAGAUGAGGACCAACCCCCAGACUCAGACACGACUAGACUUAAUGUCAGGGGAAAACCUUUACCAACCCUUUUGCGGAGAUAAUGUGAUUUUCAGAUGGCCACCCAGUGAGUUUCCAUGACCAAGCAGCGAUUUGAAUAAUGCUCCUGGAGUUUCAGUUCCAAUAGUCACACCAUUGCACCAUGCUGGGUCUCCUUGCAUAUUUUACUGGUGCAUAACCGUUGUGCUAGCAGAAGUCUAAGGUAGGCUUUUUAAAAAGAAAAACAGAAAAGGCACUUCUCUGACAGCUAUUGUUUACAUGCUGACAGUUUGCUUAAUAAAAUCCAAAAGGCUGAAAAUGAUUAAAAAUCUGGUGUUUUCAUGUAAUUGCAUUUGUCUGCAAACCAUAUGGUGUUCAACGGAUAAUCUGAUAAUAACUUGUUUAUAGGGCUUUUUCUUUACAGAGAUCUAGGGCUAGAAAUAGAAACUCUUCUAGCAGAACAGCAAAUAAAUCAACAAAUGUUAUUUUCCCCCAAAUGAUUGUUCCCAAGUGUCUUAUUUUACCUUAUUACUUUUGCUUUAGUUCACUGGAAACUUUUCUUACCUAAAUAACCCUUCCAAGGGCCUCAUUGUACCGAUUGUCAGUACAGGUUUGGGUCCCCCUCGCCACCCCUCAUCCAAUUUAAUACUCCCGCUAUACUAUACUCAAUUGAAUUACAAUGUGCUAGAAUUUAAAAGCAAUCUAAGUAGCUUUACUUUCCCCUGCUUUCUACAAAAGGUUCUAUAUUGCAUUUUUGUAACCUAACAUCCUGCUGGUUUUGAGUGGCAGGUGAAGGGCAUUUAAAUUAAUGAUUUCCUUCUCCUCAGGCUCUGUGUUGCAAGUAAGAUUAUUCUUCAGAAAGAUUUGGGCUUGAGCCUGUUCCACUUGAAGCCACUGAUUGACUUUUCCAGAACAGAAAAGGAAACAGAAGAAAAAAUAUUGAAAGCGAAGUGAACACUUGUAAGAAGUGAGCCACAUGCACCUCUGAAGUGGGUCGAAAUGUAGUCCUCUGGUAGGGCCAUGAACCUACAAUUAAUCUAUAUAUCUGUACUGAUGUUUGGAGUAGCAGGUCUACUCCUCUUCAUGUAUCUGCAAGCUUGGAUAGAAGAACAACAUACAGUUUCUGAAGAAAAAUUACAACAGCAGGCAUUCAAUCAGGACUUCAAAUUCUGUUCCACAGUGAAAACUGCAAGAACAAGAAAUUGGAUCGCUGCUGGGAAUCCUGACAAGCCAAGUAAAGCUCUUGCUAAGAAUGGGCAUUAUCAGGGAGAUGGUGGCCCUCUCCUACAGAUCAAAGACUUAUUGACCACCAGAUUAUCUGAAGAGCCACAGAAUAUUAAAUUUCUGCUUAAACAAUUCAAGCAAGCAAAUUUACCAUCAGUCAUGCAUCCUCUCAACAAGAAUUUCAUCAGAGAUGAUAGCUGGAAAGCCACAAAUGAGAUGCAAGAGAGACGCAGGUCUUUUCUGUAUGAUUUCUGCAAAAAAUAUGUUAGUGAACACAGACCCCGGACUCAUCUUGUGCGCAUGGUGUCCAGAAUCUAUGUGGAAGAACAACACAAACUCCUGUACUGUGAAGUCCCUAAGGCAGGCUGCUCCAACUGGAAAAGGGUUCUGAUGGUUCUUAGUGGCCUUGCGAAAUCAGCAGCUAAUAUUACCCAUGAUGCUGUGCACUAUGGAAAGCAUCUGAAGAAACUGGACAGCUAUGAUCUGAAAGGCAUACACAUGCGUUUAAAGACAUACACCAAAGUUAUAUUUGUACGGGAUCCCAUGGAAAGGUUAGUGUCUGCAUUUAGAGAUAAAUUUGAGCAUCCAAACAGCUACUACCACCCUGUCUUUGGCAAAGCAAUUAUUCAGAAGUACAGACCCAAUGCAGACAGAGAGGCACUGAAAACAGGUUCUGGAGUCAGGUUUAAAGAGUUUAUCCAAUACUUAUUAGACUCCCAUCGACCAGUAGGUAUGGACACUCACUGGGAGCAGAUCAACAAACUUUGCUAUCCUUGCAUUAUCAGCUAUGAUUUCAUUGGCAAAUUUGAAACACUGGAAGAAGAUGCUAAUUAUUUUUUGAGACUGAUAGGUGCACCAGAAGAGUUAACAUUUCCUAAUUUCAAAGACAGACAUUCCACCGACAGAAGAACAAACCCAGAAGUUGUGAGAAAGUACUUAGAGGAGAUACCUAACAGAGAGAGGCAGCAGACAUAUAAUUUCUACUAUCUGGACUAUCUGAUGUUUAACUAUACUGUGCCAUAUACAGAGCCUUGACUUGGCUGAAUGCUUAAGCAAUUUUAGCAUUUAGCUUGUGAGUAGAAAACAUGUAGCUUCUUAAAUGGCAAUGUUUUGAUUCACUGAUGUUUUCAUAAGCUGAAGUGACACCAACUAGCACAUGUUAUAGAAUCACAGAGGAGAAGAAUUAAUUGCACUGAAAUGUCUGGGAGGAAAAACACUUUUAUAUUAGUUAACCUUAGGAUCUACAGAUCUAAUGUGAAUGUCUUUAAAUGAAGCAUUUAUAUCAUAAUGAUUCAGAAACCUUCAAAAUAGCAUGCCCUCAUUUGCAUUUGUUCAUCUGCCAUGUAUCAUGAAUAUAUUUUUAAAUCUUCUGGGGAAUAUCAGUUAAAAGCAAGCUUUCUUUUUUAAAAAAAAUGUAUACUGUAUAUUAAACAUCCAUAAUAUGUGAAGAUGGAAGUACUGGAUUUGUUCCAAAUAGGCAUGAGGAAAUGGCCCUAAUCCAACUCUUGCAUGUGCAUGGAAGCCCAUUAGAAAUUUGGCAAUUGAUUCAAGCAGGGUUGUUUUUAGUAGCACAAAAAACACAUUUUACUACAACUACUUCUCUUCCUAGUUGAUCAGUGAUGUUGACAUUUUUCUAGCAGGACUUGCACAUGCAUAGAAGUUGGAUCAAUUGCUGUUAACCCCAUUAACUUACAUGCCCCUUCACUCAGUUAGAUAUAAUUGUACCAAAGCCAGUUUCUACAUGUCUCCUAGCUGGCUUAUAGCCAUACUUGUUCAUUAGCAAUAAUACUGAUCUGUCCCUGGUUUAAAGCUGUUAUGUUUUUGAACAUCGGAAGUUGAUCGGAAGCAAAAUUUAUAUUAGAAUAGGUGGUUCUUUGCCUCAUUAGAGAGAACUCAUUUAUCAGUUUUUCACUAGAAAGUAAAUGGUGAGGAAUUGGCUUUGAGGUAGGAUUAGAAAAUCACAGCUAUUUACAACCACUGUUGCCUUUGUUAAAAAGAUCAUAGCUUGGGAUAAAAGUUUUGGAUCACAGUGUCUCUAGAAAAUGCAGGAAGGAAACAUAUUCUUUGGUCAUACACCACGUUUGCCAUGCUAGAACUGCACUAGUUAAAAUUUUGUUUCUGGGAGUUGUUCAAAAAGUUCAUGGCUUCUUUUAAAGCAGGGAUGUCAAAAUCAUUCUCAUCAAGGGCCACUCAGCCUUAUGGCUGCCUUCAAAGGGCCUUUGAAUCUAUAGACAAUGAAUCUGUGGAUACAAAGGACCAACACACACACACACACAUUCAAUGGCUAGCACUCUUUAGUUUUUACCCACUUUGGGUUCCCAGAUGUUAUUGACUAACAUCUCCCAUCAUUUUUUAUUAUCUACCAUGCAAACUGGGGAUGAUGGGAAUUGCGAUCCAACCACAUUUGUGGCUCUGAGAUUGGGGAAAGGUUAAAGGACAUUUUAAAGUAAGAUAUACCUACAAGCCUUGUAUCUAAAGUCAAACCCCACUAUCCUGACUGAACAGAACAAACAGACAAUGUUGGGUUUAGUUAAAAGAGAAAGGAGAGAGUAGAGCAGGAAUGGGAGAAUAAAGGGUUUCCUAACUUUUGUGAAGCUGGAUUUUUCUGCCAGUAAAACAUCAAUAAAAACUUCUUUUAAAUAA